ACAUUGCACACGUUUAUAUACUCAACAUCAAAAACCCACUUGCUGCUACCUCCUUUCGUAGGUUCUUCCGCUAAUUAUAUAAUUAAUGUAAUCAAAAGAAGCAGUUUGAAUGUGCUCGGAGUGUUGAUCUUUGUGUCAUAAACUUUGAAAGGGCGCAUAGCAGAGAACAAAGGGAAAAUGAAUUGAAGGAUUUAACGUUGCGUGUCUGACUCGGUUCCAUAUUACUUGCAUAGAAUUGAUUAACUAUCUUCGUCCUCGCGAAUAACUACUUGGUUUCCAUUACAAAUUCAUUGUUGUUUUCUCCCUUGACCUCUCUUCCUUUCUGCUAAUUGAAACAAGUAAAUGGCAUAUUGCCAAUCAUCCUUCCCCCUCUGUAGGAAACACCCAUCAUUGCCCCCAACAAUCCUUUUCAACCUUAGAAACCUGUGCUUCUGAAGAUAUUCCCUCCCUUCCAUUCUUCCAUUCUUUUUCACUUUUCUUGUUCUGCUUUCUCAUGCCUCCCCCCCUCCCUCUCUCUCGCUCUCUCUCUCAAUUUAAAUAUCUCCCCUCUUCACUACCUUUUCUCCUCCUCUCCCUUCUCCUUCUCCUUCCUCUCCUUGCUUCUCCGCACUUUUCUUUUCUUUUCCUCUCUUUUUUAACCCUUUUCCUUCUUUUCCUUUUUCUUUUCUUUUCUAUUUAAUUCACGUUACUCUCUUGGACUUAUAAUGGAUCCCUCUUCGUCCAACUCUGUUAAUGGCUUCUACUCCUUUCUCACCAGGGGACUUGACGAUCUCGAGCGAGUCUUCCUCUCCAAUAACUUCAUGUCAAUUCAAUUCCUUCAAAGGGCGCUCUCGCUUCUGCGAUCCUUCCACACCCAGCUGACCCUUCUCGUCCAGAAGCUCCACCUGCCUGUAGGUGAUAAGUGGCUCGACGAGUACAUGGACGAAAGCUCCAAGCUCUGGGAAGCCUGCCAUGUCCUCAAGUCUGGCAUUUCUGGAAUCGAGAAUUACUACUCUGCUGGCUUCAACAUCACUUCCUCCAUUGACUCUCAUCGUCAGCUAACCCCACAACUCUGUCGCCAGGUAAUAAGAGCAAUCUCAGGGUGCCGCAGAGAAGCGGUGGGACUGGAGGAGGAGAAUCGAGCUUUAAUGGAAACGAGAAUCCAACCGCUCUCCCUGCGUUUCGACGAGAAGGUGGCGAUCGAAUCGAAGCUGAACGGAUUCAGCGGGUUCAGGGGAGUCCUGUACGCAAUGAGAAACGUGAGCUCGUUGCUGCUCAUGAUUCUGUUAUACGGCUCGGUGUACUGCUGGCCGGAAUCGUCGAAUUCCGUACUGGGGGGAUACGAAGGCUGCCUGUUCUUCGGAUCGGCGUUUAUGAUCUCGACGGCGAGAUUACAGCAGCGAGUAGCAGGGGAGAUCGCCCAGAUCGACGGGACGCCGGGAAUUCUGCUAUACGAGUUCAGGAGAUCGAAGAUGGCGAUGGAGGAGCUGAGAGGGGAAUUAGAGAGAAAAGUAUCGCAGGGGAUGGUGAUCGAGUGGGAAACAGAGAGCGGGAUGAGAGAGAGAGUGGAGAAUUUGAGAGGCUGUUUUGGGAUUCUGAGAUCUGGAGCAGAAAACAUCAUCGGACAGCUGGACGAUUUCUUUGAUGAGAUUGUGGAAGGGAGGAAGAAGCUUUUGGACUUUUGCAGUAAGAGGUAAAGAAACAUCAGCGAGUGCUGCAGAAAUAACUCAAUCAGCCGAAGCUGGACCUAAUGUACUCUUAAACUUUCUUUUUUGUUUUUUGUUUUUUAACAGUUACCAUAGUUGAAACUUCGGUGCCAAGUAUUUCCUGCAGAAGGCGACGAAGAAGAUUCUCAAACUGAAUGUUGGUUCUAGGUUUCAAAACAAAGUUGACGAUAGAUCAAUGAUUUUGCAGGAGCUAGGAGGGCUAAAUUUUAUGGAAACUUGGGAUUUUCCUGCAUUGUAUUGUAUUGUAAUAUUAAAAGGAGAAAAGUUUUCUCAAAAGCAAAAGGAAGAUGAGAACAGGGUAAGCGCAUAGUCAUGGACUGUCGUAGGAAGGUAAACCGGGUCGAAUCGGAUAACACUGUAAAUUUUUCUUUCAUCCGAGUCCAGAGCAAUGAAAGACAGCCGUUAGUGGUUAUAGUAGGAGGAGGCAAAGGAAUGCGAGGGAGGGAGCACCGUGACAUUCCUGGGCUGGCUGGCUUUAACAUCAAAAGCAUCUUCUUUUGCUCUCAGGAAGCUUUUGUCUGAUUCGAUUCACUUUGAAACCAACGGAGAUGAUGAUUAUGAUGAUGAAAACAAAACUCCUCACUGGCUCACCCUACAUCCCGCAGUCCUGUGGAGUUGGCUUUCCAAAACGCUCCUCAGCCCUUCACUAAAUUUAGACUAUCCAAAUUAAUUGACAAUUUAAAGUUAAUUUUUU